CCGGAGUGCCAUUGACCACUAUAUCCCACCAAGAAGUAGAUUCGGGAUACUUUGAUAAGAUCCUACCGUCUUUCGGCUGACGAUCCGACAGAUGCGACCAUGAAUUGCACGAUCAGGCCAUCCUCCAAAGCAUCGGCAUGUGGGAACAGUGGUUUUACCGUUGCGCUUCCCCCCACAUCCCCAAACGAGCCGAACGAUUUGCCGUCACGGUCCGUAUUCAGACUUGCCACGCCUGGCUGAACCGUGUAUAUAGACCCCUCGAGUGCUCCAGACUGUCGCUGAAUUCUCUUCCUCCCCAUCUUCUCCAUCCCCAUCACCCAGCUUGUCCUUGAACAACUUCCUCCCCUCACACACAACCGCCAAAAUGUCUGCCGAACCUCGCUGGGACCCCAACUUCACUCCCUAUGUCGUCAACGCCAUGGGCCCCAAGACUCCCGAGCGUGCUCGUGUGAUUCUGGGCUCUCUGAUCAAGCACAUCCACGACUUCGCUCGUGAGGUCGAGCUCACUCCCGCCGAGUGGAUGAUGGGUGUUGAGUUCAUCAACUCCAUCGGCCAGAUCAGCACUCCCAUCCGCAACGAGUGCCACCGUAUCUGCGAUGUUAUCGGUCUCGAGUCCCUUGUCGACGAGAUCGCCAACAAGAUCGUCACCGAGCAGGGUCUCUCCCCCACCUCCAACGUCAUCCUUGGACCCUUCUGGUCUCCCAACGCCCCCUUCCGUGAGCUCGGCGACAGCAUCAUCCAGAACCCCCUCCCCAACGGCCAGGUCACCUGGAUGCACGGCCGCAUCACCGACAUGGAGACGGGCAAGCCCAUUGUGGGCGCCGUCCUCGACAUCUGGCAGGCGUCCGCCAACGCCAUGUACGACUUCCAGGACCCCGAGCAGAGCGAGAACAACCUCCGCGGCAAGUUCCGCACCAACGAGAACGGCGAGUACUUCUGGUACUGCUACCACCCCACCGCCUACUCGCUGCCCACCGACGGACCCGCCGGUGUGCUCCUCAACCUCAUGGACCGCUCCCCCUUCCGCCCCGCGCACAUCCACCUCAUGAUCACCCACCCCGACUACGCCACCAUCAUCAACCAGCUCUACCCCUCCACCGAUCCUUACCUUGACAUCGACUCCGUGUUCGCCGUCAAGAACGAUCUGAUCGUCGAGUUCAAGCCCAAGACCGACGACCCCAAGGCCACCUUGGACCUGGAGUACAACGUCACGAUGGCGCUCAAGAAGCACCACCCCAACCCCAACUCGGCUCCUCCCGUUUCCUCCUUCGAGCGCUUCAACAAGGGCCAGAAGUUGUAAAGCGACGCUGAGCGAGUGGAUCCUGUGCAAAAUGUCUUGUGUAUAUAAAUUUUAGCGAUUGUGGUUUUCUUUUUGAGAUGAAUACCUCGAAUGUUUAUUCCAGCC